UGUGCUUGUUGUUAUUGAAUUCAGUUUGUUAAGAAUUUGUUUAUUUACGCUUAUUUUAAAUGCAACUUUGUUCUAAAUUUAAGUUUUAAAAGAGAACAAUGAGAAAUCGCUCCAGACGAUCCGCCAGGAAUGUGGUCCCAGAAGAUGAUGCCCAGGAACAGGUGGAACCGAUCGCUAGCAAACGUCCAUACAAACGAAAAUCGUUGCAGUGCCGGCUUUGCUUGCGAGUUCUCGGUAAAGCGGACCUUUCGGAGAUAUUUGCCGGAGGAAAUAGCGUUCAAAAGGCCAUAAAGAGAGCUGUUUUCAUUGACGUCAGCCGAAAGGACCGCUCAGUCCGGAUUUGCCACUGCUGUCUGAACCUGGUCCACAUAAUCAACGACUUCCGGGAGGUGUGCGCACGGACGGAGCAGCUUCUCUUGCGCGAGGUAGAAAUCUCAGGGGAAUCUUUUUGGACGCAAGAGUUGGACCAGAAGGCGAUUGGCACGUGCCGUUCUUUGGUGGAAGAUUGCCGGCGAGAAAUCGAUCUGUUGCUCUCCGAAGAAUCGCCAGUGAAGAGCGAGGAAGAAGCUGAUACGCUCGAGGAACCGGAUGAAAUCGAGCUGAAGCUCGAAAGCUUGGACGAGGUCCCGGUACUGAUGAAGCCGGAAAUUUGCGGAGAACUCAACUUUGAGGAUGUUCAGCUGGAAAUUCUAGACCUCGAAGAGAAGUCGUGCGAAAUCGAGGAUGAAAAUGAGACUUUCGACCAAGAGCAGCAGCCAGAGGAAAAGGUGGUACGGAAACGACGAGGCAGGCCACCACUGCCGGAGGAGCUGCGGAAGCACCGGAGACGAAACCCGGACGAGCCGAAGAAAAAGAGGGGACCAAAGUUUAAAAGAAACAAGCUUCCGGCGCAGUCGGUUUGCGAAAUCUGCGGCAUGCUGGUCAACCGGGAGAACCAGGAACGCCACCGCAACGAGCACCUGGGCCACCGCCCGUACGCGUGUUCCGUCGAGGGUUGCGAGCACAGCUUUUCCAGCCGGGCCGGCCUGCACGGCCACAUGGCUCGCCACGCCGACCGGAACAACGUGUACGACUGUGACAUUUGCGGCGCAAAGAUCAAAACGAAGAGCUCCCUCCAGCGGCACCGGAAGAUGCACACGGCGGAAAAGCCACACGCGUGCUCGAUUUGCGGCAAGCGGUUCUGGCGCAAGAGCUACCUGAACCAUCACGCGACGGUCCACACGGGGAUCGCCAAGUUUCCGUGCGAGUACUGUGGGUUCGUGUUCAAGAACAAGUACUGGCGAUCGUUCCACGUGAAGCAGAAGCACGUGGCGAAGGGCGAUCAGCCCAGGUUCGAGGCGCACGAGGAGUUGGACGAGAAUGGGGAAAUGAUGCUGCCGGAGGGGUUGGUGGAGGAGGGGGAGGAGGAUGAGGGGGAGGUCGAGUACAUGGAAGUUGUGUGUGAAUAA